AAUUCUGCGCCGCCAGAUGAUCCGAAGAUAUCAAGGAUGGGGACCCAAGUAAAAGAUGUAGUGAUCAAAGAUGACGCCCCCAGUGCUCUACUAUUGGACAAGCAUGCAGACUAUAUUGCUGCCUACGGCUCCAAAAAGGAUGACUAUGAGUACACCCUGUCGGAGUAUCUGCGGAUGUCAGGUAUCUACUGGGGCCUGACAGUGAUGGACUUGAUGGGUCAGCUGACCAGGAUGAACCAGCAGGAGAUCUCUGACUUCAUCAAGUCCUGUCAGCACGACUGUGGAGGCAUCAGCGCCAGCAUCGGACACGACCCACACGUCCUCUACACGCUCAGUGCUGUACAGAUCCUCUCGUUGUAUGAUAACGUGAACGUGCUGGAUGUGGACAAGGUGGUGGAGUACGUCAGAGGAUUGCAGCAGGAGGAUGGGUCGUUCGCUGGAGACAAAUGGGGAGAGAUAGACACACGAUUCUCUUUCUGUGCUGUCGCAACACUCGCCUUGCUGGGUAAGCUGGAUUCCAUUAACAUGGACAAGGCUGUCGAGUUUGUUCUGUCCUGUAUGAAUUUUGAUGGCGGGUUUGGCUGCAGACCAGGAUCAGAGUCUCAUGCCGGACAGAUCUACUGUUGUACAGGUUUCCUGUCUAUAACAGGCCAGUUACACCAGGUGAAUGCUGACCUGCUGGGCUGGUGGCUCUGUGAGAGACAGCUUCCCUCGGGAGGUCUCAACGGACGCCCUGAGAAACUGCCUGAUGUGUGUUACUCGUGGUGGGUGCUGGCCUCCCUGAAGAUCAUUGGUAGGAUCCACUGGAUAGACAAGUCCAAGCUGAGGUCCUUUAUUCUGGCCUGUCAGGAUGAGGAGACAGGGGGCUUUGCUGACCGACCAGGAGACAUGGUGGACCCAUUCCAUACUCUGUUUGGCGUAGCAGGCCUGUCUCUGCUGGGAGAGGGACAGAUAAAGGACGUCAACCCUGUUCUCUGUAUGCCCGAAGACGUGUUGGAGAGGCUAGGCUUGCACCCAGACCUCCUCAGCUAGCUCUGUACCCAGACCUCCUCAGCUAGCUCUGUACCCAGACCUCCUCAGCUAGCUCUGCACCCAGACCUCUUCACUCAUCUACACACACCAGGGUCGUGGCCAGGUCACAUUUCUGUUGUCAAUUCAGGAAGAAAACAACAGACAAUUUUAUUGAAUUAACUGAACUGAUCAUCUAAUCCUGUGUAGGGUUAGUGAUUUGGAUAAUCUAAUCCUGUGUAGGGUGAGGGAUUUGGAUAAUCUAAUCCUGUGUAGGGUGAGGGAUUUGGAUAAUCUAAUCCUUUGUAGGGUGAGGGAUUUGGAUAAUCUAAUCCUGUGCAGGGUUAGUGAUUUUGGAUAAUCUAAUCCUAGUACCACACCUCGUAGCAUCCAACAUUUUGGCGCUAAACAUUUUUAAAGAAAUAUAUCCUAAUCUCAUCUUUCACGGAGAGUUACUGAAUAGCACUGAGUCAUAUUCACGUCACCACGAUCUGGAAUCCUUAAAUAGUUCUUUUUCCAGAGGGAGUCUGUGAGUGUGUCCUAAAUGGCAACCUAUUCCCUAUCUAGUGAACUCUUUUUGACCAGGGCCCAUAGGAUUUUUUUGUUGUUGUCAAGAGUAGUGCACUAAAUAGGGAAUAGGGUGCCAUUUGAGAAGCACUCUGUAUUAUAGCGAUAAUCACUUUAACAUAUGCAUUUAUUAUUGUGUUUUUUUGUUUUCUGAGAACCAUAUUGAAUUGGUUGUUGGUGUCAUAUGUAGUGUCAACUUGUUGUGCUGUUGUUACCUAAAAAAAACACUUGGCGUCAAUUCCAUUUAAAUUCAGGAAAUAGACUGAAAUUCACUUUUUUUUUUUUUUUCAUCGAGAAUAGAAUCAUUGAGGAGAAUUGGAAUUUCAUUUUAUCUUCAAGAAUUGACUGAAUUGAAAUGGAAUUGAAUUGGAAUUGAAAUUGAAUUGAAAUUGAAUUGAAAUGGAAUUGACGGAAUUGAAAUGGAAUUGAAAUGGAAUUGACCCCAAGCCUGUGCCUGAAUGAUAUCCACCUGUCCAAGUGGACAAUUAAUACACUGUUAUGUGACAAUACAUAUCUAUCCACUCACCUGCAACAACAGUGUUAACUAAUCUUGUAGUAGGCAAUAAAUACAUUGAUUCAAGGGU